AGUUGCAUUCGUUUUUGUCUCUCUGUUUGCAGUCGAGGGCACAGAGAGUGCUCAGUUCGAAUAGAGGACACGUACGUUGUGCUCUGUCGUGUCGCAUCUGUCUGAUGUAGAAUUAGGAUUUCAAUACAAGCAAUCCACUUUUUACUUGUAAAACUAGCAGUAGCAGCUGUAAUCGGUUUUACUUUGGAUUCUCGUGCAUUGAUUAGAUUGAUCUGCCCUUUUGUUAUAUCUUGCAAAAUGGGCGAUUUUCCGAUCGACUUGUCUGGAGACGGCCGUCUGAAAAAGAAGAUAUUGAAAGACGGGACAGGGGCGCAGCCUCAGAAGGGCGAAAAAGUUUGGGCCCACUACACGGGCAAACUCACUGACGGAUCUGUUUUCGACUCCUCCAUACCAAAGCCUCAUCGAAAAAACGGCUUCGACUUCGUCGUCGGCGCACAAGCGGUUUUUAUUCCUAGGAGUCGAAUGAUUUAUUGGAUUUGUUCAUUGAAAUUGAUGGAAAACAUACUAAUGAUUAUGCAGAGUCACUUAGGAAAGAGCAAAUUUGUGAAAAAACGUUUUGUACUACUAGGUAAUUGCAGGAUGGGACAUAGGCAUAGCGUCAAUGAAAGUCGGCGAGAAAGCAGAGCUUUGCUGCGCACCUGAAUACGCUUACGGCGCUGAAGGUAUAAGGAUCAUCCAGACCGUUGACUCGUUAGCACUUCAUAACUGGUGAGGAAACCACGGAUUACUCUUCGGUAGUUAUAUAUGUUCCAGGGCUCAGGGCUGAAGCCCUCCCUCGAUCUAAAUUUUUGAGGGGGGCCCGUCAGCCCCGGACCCUUUUCCCGAGGGACUGCCGGGCGGGAAGGCCUCCAAGCGCCCACCUUCGCGCCCUCGCGGCUUCUUGCGUGUGCCUUACAGAGUCCAAGCCCCUGAGGCCGUUCAAGCACCGACGGCCGGGGGUGAAAGGCUUCCGAAGGCGGCAAAGGUGGCAAGACUUGGCUCCCUUGCCGUGUUGCGUGUACCCUACAGAUCUCCCACGUGCGUUCUCCCCACGGGGGCAGUUUCUUGGGAGGUGGAAGGCCUCUGUGGGCCGCAGGUGGCAAGGCUUGACCCCUUUCGCUGUGCUGCAUGUAUCCGACAGAACCGAGGCGGGCACGCCCCUCCUCCUCGCCUCUAGUCCCCAACCCCCUGGGCGUUUGGUGGCGGCAGACGCUGCCACAAAUUAAGGGGAGGAGGGCCAAAGGGGCCGGGCUUCGCGACUGUGGCCGCCUUCGGCGGCCUUCUGCCCCCGGAGGUCGUCCCCCUGAUAGGGUCCAAGAGUCGGGACGCCUGUGGCGGGGUACACGCGGAGAGCCGCAACGGGACGCCGGCUCCGCCUUUUGAGGCCUUGGCCCCUGGGAAUUCUUACACGCUACAACCACUGCGGAAAAAAGGGCGCGCCGACGCCACCACAGCUCCAUCCACAGGGGGGGCCUCCCUCUUAUGUAUGUACUUCAAUACAUUUGCCUACAAGUGAGGACGCGACGCCAGGCCUUAAAAUGAACUGUUUCUCCUACGUGCUAGUCCACGGAAUGCAGCAAAUGAUUUGAAACAUCAGGUACUCCCGGCGGUCCGAUUCCUCCUAAUGCAACACUGAUAUUUGAAAUUGAGCUCCUCCAUAUCGGAAACGCACCGAAAACGAGCUAAGUUCACAAAGCAUGGAUAGGUAUUAUUUUAUAUCACUGUGAGGAUGGGGAUGAACAUAUUUAUGGUGGUAAUGCAUGGGCAUGUGAACAACAACAACUCCGCACAAGAGUACAUGAUCGAAGUUGACGGCGAAUGUUGAUACGAAAUGUCUAUUUUUACCUUUCUGUUUUUACCUUGUCCCUUACCCCCAAGCCCGAACUCAUAAAUGAAUUCGAGCAU